AUGCGGAUAAUAUUCUUUAUACUAAUAGGAUGUAUUUCAAGUCUUACUCAAGGACAAUCUCCUUCGGAUGAUGCACGACAUAAACUUGUAGCACUCAUUGGAAACGUUCGUCAAGCUGAUGGAUAUCGAUAUAGUUCACGUGAUCAUCUUGGAAAUACAAUGGACUGUGUUAAAAUUAUUAAACGAACUGAUAGUGAAGAAUUUAUUGGUGUUUAUCAUACCUACAUAAAUAAUGUGCCACGAGUUAAUUUAGCUAUAUCAAAUGAUCUUCUGAAUUGGAAUUGGCUUCAGGAAUUAGCUUAUUUUGGUUCUCAACCAACAAUUGCUGUGCCUAGUGAUCACCCUCAAGGUUAUAUAGUCGCAUGGGAACAAGAACCUAAUAAUCAUUUACAAUUUUCUUUUUAUCCAACAUGGUCUGAUUUACAAGCUGGCAGAUCUCAAAGAAAUUAUUCUGUUCCGCGUGCAUUAUCUCGAUGUGCCGAAGGAACUCCUAAUAUAUAUGGUCAACCAACACUAAAUAAUAUUGAUGUUGGCUUUCACUUUUAUGACAACUGCGUUGUUGAUCGGCAAGCUCGUGCUACAUUGAAAAAUUUCAAUCUAUGGACACAAAUCCGAAAACAACCAAACGUUGAUAAUGCAAUACUUCAUUAUGGUGUACAAGGUAACAUUGGUGAUCGAGAUGCACUUUCGAGUUUUAAUAGUUUUGCCUUUACGAUUAUCGAAGGACAAUAUAAACCACAAGAUUUUGGUACUUGGCGUACCUUUAUAUUUGAUCCACAGACAGGUAAUGCCGAUCAAGUACCCGUUGUUACACAUGGUGGAAGUCAAGCAUUUGCUAAUCCAACUAUGACACUCAGUAGUUGGAAGGAUCAAAAUAUUUUAAUUGUCACUCUUUUCGUACCCAGUGAACAAUCAGCCCCAGGCGAAGCAGGCGAACUUAUUUAUUAUCAUAAACUAUAG